AUGGAUAGAGUGUACAGCAAAUCUGCAGGGAAAGAACUUACUUGCACAAAUCUUUUUCAAUUAAAAAUUAAAGACGUAUUUCCCAUCCAGAUAGAUCACAAUAAGUUCAUUAAAAGAGAGCCAAUUAGAGAAGGCGGAUUUGGAUUGAUUUAUAGCGCAGAGUGGAAAGAACGUAAAGAAAAAGUCAUACUCAAAUAUGUCAAGUCAAAUCCGAACAUCAGAGAAUUUAUUGAGGUCAGAAAUUUUAAUAAAGAGUUUGCGCAAUAUGCAGAUGGGGCAGCUUGUGAAAGUAUCUUGAAUACAACUUUCAGAACUUAA